AUGGCGGCCACGACUACCAUCAAAGUCCCCCACCUCGGCGGCAUCACGGCCGGCUACCGCCUGUCCGAGGACAAGAUCGACCCCGCCAAGCCCGCCGUCGUGCUUAUCAACUCCAUGUGCACCACUGUCUCCCUCUACAACGACCAGUUCGACAGCAAGACGUUGACGGACGCCGUCAACCUGCUGGCCAUCGAGCCCCUCGGCCACGGCGCCACAAGCUGUCCGGUCGAGCACUUCACCUACUGGGACACGGCCAUCAUGGCCCUACAGGUCAUGGACAAGCUCGGCGUCGACAAGGCUUUCGCUCUCGGCACGAGUCAGGGCGGGUGGAUGGUCACCCGCAUGGCCCUUCUGGCCCCUGAGAGGAUCUUGGGUCUCCUGCCGCUUGGCACCUCGAUGGACUACGAGUCGGCCGACUCCCGCGUCAAGGGCUGCUGGGACGCCAAGGCCCAGCUUCUGGCCUUUUACGACGCCUGGUCGAGCCCCGUGCCGACGCCCGACUUCCUCGUCGACGAUAUAUGGUGUGGCAUGGUGGGCAGCCUUGGCUUCUCCGGCACCGUCCCGCCCGAGACCCUGGAGUUUUGGACAAAGACGCUCAAGUCCGUCUACAAGGGCGACGAGGGCCGCAGGAAGCUCAAGGUCGCCCUCGGCUGCCUUUUGUCGCGCGACGGCCUCCUGCUGAGGAUCAGAGAUGUCAAGUGCCCCGUCCACUGGCUCCAGGGAACCGCGGACCCUGUUUUUGGAGUCGAAAUCCCCAAAGAGCAAAUCAAGCUCUUCACUUCCUCGCCCGAAGCGACUUUGACCAUGGUCGAGGGCGGCGGCCAUUACCUCAACGCCACCAGCCCGAAGGAGGUUGAGGAGGCUCUUCUCAAGAUGGUACAGAAGUAUGCUUAA